AUGGGUGGGCGCAGUCGAUGGGCCAUCAGACCAGAGAGAAUUCCGAGAAAAGAGAGGGGGAACCUUCAGCGGAGUCAGCAGGGCUACGCGUGGCCAGUGCUUCCCACUGGGGAGAUCAACGAGGGUGUAAUCUGGCCACUAGAAGGUGCUCUUGUUCCUUGCAGCCUGCCAUUCCCUUUCAGUGACACCAGGGGGCGUCAGAGCUUCACGCCACUGAGGCUGGCGGUCCUGAGGAAUGGCCAGUGUGGUGACCGCACCAUGGCCACGUCUGUCACCCUUCCAAACAUCACAAGCAGCCGGAUGAGAUCACAAAUGGCCAAGAGUCAGGGAUCCUGUGAAGGCAACACAGACGAUCAGAACAUUGAGUUUCAGGAGUUUCUCAAUAGGUGCACGGAGCGUCUGAACCUGCCCUCCGCUGCUCAGAGGCUCUUUGAUGAGCACGGCAAGGAGGCUUUCCUACUCACAGGACUGCAGAGAGACCAGCUGGUGUAUGUGACGUGUGGGGAGCAGUGGGUGAGCCCCCAACACCGACAGUCGGACGCCCUCAGACGCCUCACGGUGUUCAGGCUGGAGCAGGACGUGGCCCGCAUACGCCACUACUGCGCCCUGAGGAGCCUCCAUGACCUUGUCCUUGAUGUUGAAGGACAUCCACAGGAGGGCUCUGCUCUUCUUGUCAGGCCUUACUGUGUCGAGCCUGAAGAUAUAACCUCUGAGGAGAGUCAAGGCCCUCCAGACCCAAAGGCCCGCUGUGACCUCUCAAACGCCCGCCUGGGAGACGCACAUUCAAGAGCUCACCAGAGAGCUGAUGAGCAGACGACCAAACACCAAUAUCCAUGGCAACAGAGCUCCAAGGCGUCCUCAGAUGAGGAGGAUGAAUGUACUAAUGGAGAUAACUCUGUCAAAAAAGACAAAAGCAGGCCAGGAGCGCACAGGCAGCAGUUUGAGUGGACCGAGGGGCAGCUGGUGAGCUGCUGGAGCCCCUGGCUGGCCGUGGGCGUGAGGGCCAGGGAGGGGGGGUCUGCUGACCACACGGGCUCCCCCAUGCAGCUGAUGCCCAGGAACCCAUCAGAUCCUCAGCAGCUCUGGGUCUGCCGAGAGGGAGAGAGGACACUACACCUACAAGCAGACCCAAGCUUGGUCCUGUCCGUGUCCAUAUCCCAAACCACUCAUGUGCAUCGGCCUGCUACCACACCUACAGGCUGGCCUCUAACUCUACAGAAGCACAAGCCCCAUAGCUCUGCUGUAGCUCAUCAGAGGUGGCGCUGGCUGCCAGAGCAGAGGGUCCUGUGUGCUUUCUACACAGACACGCUGGAGCAGGAGCUGACGGCAGCCCGCCUGGCCUCGGUGUGCACCGCCUGCGUGUGUCCACACCCUCUGCAGCAGCAGGGAUACUACGUCUGCAGCCCGAGAGAGAGGCAGAGGACGGAGGUGUGUGUCAGCUGUGCCACAGAGCUAAGAGGGAAGGUCCACUUAAAGAGGCUCCCCCUAAACUCCACCUUCCGCUGCGCCACAGCCAAUCAGAAUCCUCAGCUCAACCUCAGGGGGCCAUUCAGGAACCUGAGUGUGUGUGAGACGGACCUCAGCACUGAGGCGGCAGGCGUGACUCUGCGCCGUCUAGAGGAGCGCCUGGGACAUCUGAGGAGGGAAGGCUCAGGGCAGACGCAGUCCCCGGGGGCCAGCAGCUUGGGCGGCACGCAGCCGCCUGUGAAAGUCCUGGCCCACAGGAAUGGGCAGAGCCGAGAGGAAGCCCAGCUGAUCACAGCAGCUACCAUGCCCCUGCUGCUGGCAGAGGGCACCAGGCGGCUGGGUCUUCAGCGGGCCGCCAAGCACCUCUACGCAGCCGACGGCACCCGCUUCCUCACCAUCCAGCAGCUCAAGGCCUGGGCCCUCAACCAGAGCCUGCGGGAGCACCACCCCCUCAAAGACACGGACACCAAACUCGACAUUCACAUGACAGAUGCCACCACCUCUGGAGGUACAGUAAACAGAUCCUCUCCAUGA